CCCUGUCAGGAUGGCGGCUGAGUUCCACCUGAGAACCGGCAAACUGGUGGCGCUGCUGAACGGUAACCGCACGGCCAAGCGCAACAAGCCGACCGAGGAGUUUAACCAUGGCCUGGCCAUGAGCCGCGAGCCGCUGCGGGACGGGCAGGUUUUCCAGGUGCGGAUCGACAGGAAGGUGAACUCCUGGAGUGGUUCGAUUGAGAUUGGAGUGACUGCAUUAGAUCCCAAUACACUGGACUUCCCCAGCAGUGCCACCGGCCUGAAGGGUGGCUCGUGGAUCAUCUCCGGCUGCUCGGUUUUGAGGGACGGGCGUUCAGUGCUGGAGGAGUACGGGCAGGACUUGGACCAGCUGAGUGAGGGCGACAAAGUGGGCAUCCAGCGGACGGCCGGGGGUGAGCUCCAUCUGUGGGUGAACGGGCGAGACUGUGGUGUUGCAGCCUUGGGGCUGCCCCCCCAGGUGUGGGGCGUGGUGGACCUGUAUGGGAAGUGCACCCAGGUAACGGUACAGGGCUGUGACAACAUUCCUCGGAGAGAAGAGAGCCACCCAGUCACCACCACCACCAGCACCACCGAGGAAGGUUUUGUGGGGAUGGAGCUGUCGGACGUUGUGAACAACGCCAUCCUUUCUGCGUACAGCGGCAGUCUGCUGAAUGUCAGCCUGGGCAGCCCAAUGGAUGGCAGCUGUUCAGUCACCUCCAACGACGCCCUGCUCUUCCACGAGAAGUGUGGCACUCUCAUCAAACUCAGCAACAACAACAAGACAGCCGAGCGCAGGCGGCCCCUCGACGAGUUCAACAAUGGCGUCGUCAUGACCAACCGUCCACUGCGAGACAACGAGAUGUUUGAGAUCCGGAUUGACAAGUUGGUUGACAAGUGGUCGGGUUCGAUAGAGAUCGGUAUCACCAUGCACAACCCAAACAACUUGGACUACCCAGCAACAAUGACCAAUCUCCGAUCAGGGACAAUUAUGAUGAGCGGAUGUGGAAUUCUGACCAACGGGAAGGGGACACGGAGGGAAUACUGUGAGUUCAGCCUGGAUGAGCUACAGGAAGGAGAUCACAUAGGGUUGAUGAGGAAGUCCAGUGGUGCUUUGCACUUUUACAUAAAUGGCAUUGACCAAGGCGUAGCUGCAACCCAGACGCUGCCUACGGUCUAUGGGGUGGUGGAUCUCUAUGGCAUGGCAGUGAAAGUGACCAUUGUCCACAACCACAACCACUCCGACCGGCUGCGCAGGAACAACGCCAUUAUGCGGGCUCUGUCGCCAGAUGUGGGACGGCGAGUUUUCGACUCUGGAGAAACUGAGGUGGAAAGGCUGCUCUUCCAUCCCAACUGUGGGCAGAAGGCAGCAAUAGUGUGUGACGGGAGGACAGCACUGAGGCCCCACGCAACAGAUGACUUCAACCAUGGCGUGGUGCUCAGCAACCGACCCCUGAGGAGCAACGAAAUCUUUCAAGUCCGUAUUGACAAGAUGGUAGACAAGUGGGCGGGCUCCAUAGAAAUUGGUGUGACUACCCACAAUCCUGCUUAUCUCCAGCUGCCAUCAACCAUGACCAAUCUACGUUCUGGAACCUGGAUGAUGACCGGUAAUGGAGUGAUGCAUAAUGGGACCACAAUUCUCGAUGAGUAUGGUCACAACCUUGAUCGGUUAAAGGCAGGUGAUACAGUUGGCGUGAUGCGCAAGGAAGAUGGAAGUUUGCAUUUCUUUGUGAACAAUGUGGACCAGGGUCUGGCAGCGUCCAACGUACCGUCCAAUGUUUAUGCAGUGGUGGAUCUCUACGGCCAGGCUGCCCAGGCUACUAUCAUAGACGAUAUAGAUCUGCCCCCUCUGCCUGACGAACCCUUGGACGGCAAUAAUCAGGUCUCUCCCUGCAGCCUCUUCUCGCUGACUCCCAGCACUGACCUCCGCUUCCACCACCUUCACGGGAACAAUGCGGUGAUCACCAAUGGUGGCCGCACUGCCUUCCGGCAGAACUGCCGCAGCGAGUUCAACGACGCCAUCGUCAUGUCUAGCAGAGCAUUGCGCGAAGGGGAAAUGUUUGAAAUACUGAUUCAGAAGAUGGUGGAUCGGUGGUCUGGGUCCAUUGAGGCGGUUAAUAUUGAGACUCCCCCUUAUUUAGGAGUUACAGCAAUCCGUCCAGAAGAUCUCGAGUUUCCCAGCACUAUGACGGAUAUAGACUAUGACACUUGGAUGCUGAGUGGCACUGCAAUAAUGCAAGACGGGAACACGAUGCGCAACAAUUAUGGCUGCGAUCUGGACUCUUUGACCACUGGCUCGCGAAUUGGGAUGAUGCGCAGCUUGAAUGGUGACCUCCAUUACUACAUCAACGGGGUCGAUCAGGGAGUGGCCUGCUCAGGACUACCGCCAGAACUGUACGCUGUGGUCGAUCUGUAUGGUCAGUGUGUCCAAGUGUCUAUUACCAGUGGCUCGCCUCCGGUGGAUAACAGCUUCUCACUGAGCAACGCCACUGAAAAAUCCUUCCCGAUUCAUUCCCCAGUUCCAGGUAUCGCCCACCGCUUCCACUCCAAUUGUGGGAAGAAUGUGGCUCUACAGAAUGAUGGCUGCCGGGCAGUUCGAAUCCAUGGCUUCUCCCAUGGGGUUGUAUUGAGCAUGAAGGAGCUGAGGUCAGAUGAGGUCUUUGAGGUUAAAAUCGAUGAAAUCGAUGAGCAAUGGUCCGGGUCGCUCCACAUUGGCCUGACCACUCUUCAGCCUAUGGAGAUCUCUUGCACCUCCUCGGGGCUUCCGUCUUCCUUGCUGGAGCUGAGGUCAAAGGUCAGCUGGCUGGUCAGUGGCUCUGAGGUCAGGCGGAACGGGACGCUGCAGAAACAGAACUACGGUUUCUCGAUGGAACGGCUGACGGUUGGCAACCGAGUUGGCGUGAAACGUGCCAGUGAUGACACCAUGCAUGUUUUAGUUGAUGGAGAGGACAUGGGUGUGGCUGGAGCAGGCAUCGCCAAGAAUGUUUUUGCAGUUGUAGACUUGUAUGGUAAGGUUGUGUCAGUGUCCAUCGUGAGCUCCAGCGCACUGGAGGAGACAGAGAGUACGAAGCCGCCCUCAAUGUCAUCGGACAGCUGCAGCGAGGAGGAGGAAGAGCUGAGUCCUUGUGAAAAUGAAACGUCCGUCUUCAUGGCCACGGUAGAGUUCAUGGAGAAUCAUGGCAGGAACAUCUUGCUGUCCAACAAUGGCCACACUGCCACCCGGGUGGCCAGCUACAACCAAGGUGUGGUGGCAUCUGCUCAGCCAUUGCCCCGGCAGCUGCUCUUUCAGAUUCAGAUUGAUCGUUUAAACUCUCAGUGGACCUCUUCACUGUCGCUGGGUGUGAUUGGAAACUCUCCUGAACGGUUUAAUUUUCCAGGCACAGCCUCAUCAAUCAAACGCUCUGCCUGGCUGAUCCAGCGGGAUUCUGUGUUUCACAAUUCAUUAAAGAUUUGUGACAAUUAUGGUCCCAACCUGGACACGUGCCCAGAGGGAACGAUCCUUGGACUCUUGGUGGACAACAGCCAGGGUCUGCACCUGUUUGUUAACGGAAUGGACCAAGGUGUGGCUGCCCAAGACAUUCCCAAUCCAUGUUACGUGGUGAUUGACCUGUACGGUCAGUGUGAACAGGUUACCAUAGUGACGAAUGACAUCAUGGCCAUAGGAGGCGAUGGUGGCCAUUUACGUUGCCAAGGUGAUGUGGAAAAAGCAGAUGUGGUUGAUGGUAUCAAGGAGAACUUGUGCUGGACACCACCUCCUGAAGCGAAUCCCAUGAAAACCUGUGAAUAUCAGGCACUUUGUGCCAGGUUUAAAGAGCUACUUCCACUGCCAGACGGUUACUUCGACGAUGAACUGAAAUGCAACCUGUGCUACUGUGAGUCCUGCCACAAGCUGCGUGGCGAUGAAGCUUACUACAAGCGGGGUGACCCGCCAAAGGACUACGCCCUCCCGUUUGGAUGGUGCAGGUUCGCACUCAGGCUGAAUCCCCGCUGUGAAAUCGCGAACGUCUACAAAAAGUGGCACACAGCAUACCAUGGAACGUGUGUGGGGUCACUGCGAAGAACCUUGGAUCAUGGGGAGCUGGUAUCAGCAGGGAGUGCAUCGAUCUUCUGCACCAAACAGGCCAAAGCAGAGCUUCAGAAUGGAUAUAAUGACCCUGAAGAGAACAGUGUUCAGGAGAAGGACAUUGUGAAAGUCAACCUCUCGCCAACAAUGCGAUAUGUGGGACUUGACCGGUUCUGCCCUAAAAUAAGAUUCAAGGAUGUGAAAUCCCAGCGACAUCACCAUGCCCAAGUGGCCUUCCAGGUGUGUGUUCGGCCGGGAUCGUACAAGAUGGGGCCACAGUCAGUGGGAGCCAGUGAGUCAAUCGAUCCCAGGUUCAGCAACAACGAGAUCGAGUGGAUCACCAAGGAGAGGGCCUCGACAGUCCUUUAUGGCCUGUUAAUUCGUGUGGAGUGAAGGAUUUCACCUCCAACCCACCACCCCCAGCAAAACUUGUGGGGCGAGAGCGAGCAUGAAGCAAUCCGGGGGUGGGGAGGGGGGAGAUGAUCCCACUUUGGUGCCACGAUCAAAGUGCAACAGUGACAGUCGGGGUAAUUGGGGUGGCGGGGGGGGGUGGGGGCGUAGAGAGAGCACAGAGUUGAGACACUGAAGCAUCUGCGUUUGCACACGUUUACACAGCCGGCUCUCUCACCAACAGAACACUGCACUUUUGACUCUUGUGUUGUCCAAAAGAGAAACACAAAAAAAAACCCUUCGAACUAAAACAUUCAGUUGAGUUUAAUCUUGUGUUUUGGGGAAGGGUCCUUGUCAGGGGCGA